GUGCUGAAGGGACACGAUGACCAUGUCAUUACCUGCCUGCAGUUCUGUGGCAACCGGAUAGUCAGUGGCUCAGAUGACAAUACGCUCAAAGUGUGGUCAGCUGUCACUGGGGAGUGUGUGCAGACACUGGUUGGCCACACAGGGGGUGUGUGGUCUUCCCAGAUGAGGGACAGCAUUGUCAUCAGCGGCUCCACAGACCGGACACUCAAAGUGUGGAACGCAGACACAGGCGAAUGCGUGCACACGCUGUAUGGGCACACGUCCACAGUGCGCUGCAUGCACUUGCAUGGGAACAGGGUUGUGAGUGGCUCACGGGAUGCCACUCUGCGCCUCUGGGACAUCGAGACUGGGCAAUGUCUGCACGUGCUGAUGGGGCACGUGGCUGCCGUGCGCUGCGUGCAGUACGACGGGCACAAGGUGGUGAGCGGUGCAUACGACUACACAGUGAAAGUGUGGGACCCUGAGAGCGAGAGCUGCACUCACACGCUGCAGGGACACACGAACCGCGUCUACUCCUUGCAGUUUGAUGGGACACACAUCGUGAGUGGCUCUCUGGACACGUCGAUUCGAGUGUGGGACGUUGAGAGUGGGAACUGCCUACACACCCUCAUGGGGCACCAGUCGCUCACGAGUGGCAUGGAGUUACGUGACAACAUCCUUGUAUCUGGCAAUGCUGAUUCCACAGUCAAGAUCUGGGACAUCAAGACGGGCCAGUGCCUGCAAACGCUGCAGGGGCCCAGCAAGCACCAGAGUGCCGUGACCUGCCUACAGUUCAGCUCCAAGUUUGUGGUGACCAGCUCAGAUGAUGGUACCGUCAAGCUCUGGGACCUCAAGACGGGCGAGUUCGUGCGCAACUUGGUUGCACUAGAGAGUGGGGGCAGUGGGGGCGUAGUGUGGCGCAUCCGCGCCUCCAACACCAAGCUCGUGUGUGCGGUGGGCAGCCGCAACGGCACGGAGGAGACCAAGCUGCUGGUGCUGGACUUUGAUGUGGACCUGAAAUGAACCUGGCCAGUCCAGGCUGGGAUGGAGGAUCCCGCGGGCUGGGCGUAGCAGCUGGUCUUGGUGGGGCUGGCCCCAGAGCAGGCGCUAGCCCCCCGCGGGCUGUAAAUACUGUUUGCAGCUGUCUGGGCCUUAUUUAUAUAUGUGUGAACUCCCUGUGAGGAGCCUGCGCCCGGCUGGGGCACUGUACAGAGGAAGCAGCAUGUUUUGUACACUAAUAUAUCGAUUUAU